AAAAUUUUGAAGAGAGAAAAUGACGGCAACUUGGAUGAUAGUCAGUCACAAAAGAAGCCACGGGUUGAUCACACACAGCUCCCAGAAACUGAAGUAGAGAAGAUCUAUGAGGAGUACAAAUUAGACCAAAAUCUGCCACCAUCUACACAAAUAUUGAGAAAUGAUUACGGUGUACCACAAAAGACACUUUUCCUUCAAGAAGCAGAUGCUGGUAUACUCGAAUAUAUGGACAAAAAUGUUUCAGCUGUAUCCGGUAUCAUCAAGCACCGUUUCACCGAUUUCUUUGUUAAUGAGAUUGACAAGAAGGAUAACGUCGUCAGAUUGACUGAUAUUGGCCUCCCAGAGGAUGAACUCGUCGAAUCACGUGAAAAAGCACGUUUAGAGGCUGAGAAAUUGGAUGUAAAGUCAUGGCCAGAAGAUGCUACUGAAAGGCUCACGCCGAAACUUGGUCCUACCGUAACAGAAAAGAUUAAGGAGCUCACCUUGAAGGGUCCUUCCGAUGAAAUAGUUAUGACAAAUCCACUUGGUGAUGACAAAGAAGCUAGAAAGGAAGUUCAUGACCUGCUGAGAGCCGUUUUAGGUGGUCGUUUUGAAACGUCUUCAACUCAAUCAUCAGAAAUAAGUAUUAAGUGGUGUAGAGGUGGUAGACCACGUAGAGAGCAACAUCCUUACGAUAAAGAAAAGCCAUAUAUUCACUUUGUUUUGCAAAAAUCAAACAGAGAUUCGUCAGAUGCAGUGAAUCACUUAUCCAGAAUGAUAAAAGUCAAAGACAAGCUUAUGAACGUAGCAGGUACUAAAGACAAGCGUGGUAUCACCACUCAGAGGUUAUGUAUUAAAAGGGGCAAUAUGACAUUACAAGAUGUCUGGAAGAGAGUUAAUAACGCAGGUACCGAAAACCAAAAGGAAAAGAAAAAGGUUAGAAGAACCAUCCAGGAGGCACUCCAAGAGAGAGGUGAAAGAGGCUGCAGAAUUGGAAAUUUAACCUACGAGUCUGAAAAUUUCGCACUUGGAGACCUCAACGGUAACAGAUUUGGUAUUAUUUUGAGAGAUGUCGAAAGUGACGGUGAAGAUACGAUCAAUGCAUCAUUGAAAGUCCUUGCAGAAAGAGGAUUCAUCAAUUACUUUGGUAUGCAAAGAUUCGGUACAUCAGUGAUUCCUACACAUUAUAUUGGAUGGCUACUCCUCAACUCAGACUGGGAAGGCGCAUGUGAUAGCAUUUUACGUCUUAGACCUAAUGAAGAUGAUGAUUGCGUGAAAGGAAGAAAGGCGUGGUUGGACGACAAGAAUGGCAAGGAAGCACUCAAGUUGUUACCAAGGAAGAUGGUUGCUGAGAGAGCGAUUAUCGAACACCUCCACAAAUCAAACCGUGAUUUCCUUGGUGCAUUGUCCAGAAUACCUCGUAAUUUGCGUACUAUGUACGUACACGCAUAUCAAUCAUACAUCUGGAAUUCUGUUGUCAGUGAAAGAAUGAGAACAUUCGGACUCAAAGUUGUUGCAGGAGAUGUAGUUUCUGCAGGUGAAGAUGUCAAGAGAGUAGAAGAAGGUGAAGAAGACAAAUACAGCAUAUAUGAUGUCUUGAUGCCUUUACCAGGACAUGGUGUUUUGUACCCUACUGGUAAACUCGGUGAAAAGUAUAAGGAGAUGCUUGAAAUGGAUCACCUGGAUUAUCAGAAGUUAUGGAGACCACAGAAGGAAUUCUCAAUGGAGGGUGGAUAUCGAAAAAUCGUACAUCUUCCUAAAGAUGUUACGUGGUCUGUCAUCCAGUAUGCGUCAGACGAUGAGCAGUUGUUGAAGUCAGCAGAGGAAGAACUCCUAGGAUUAGAUCUCGAGACUGUAGAGGGUGAAAGAAAACACACCGCAGUUUCGAUGGCGUUCAAUCUAGGUAGCAGUACAUAUGCUACAAUGUUGUUACGUGAAGUACUCAAAGGAAAUGAGAAGAGAAACCAUUCAUGAUGAUGUAAUGCUAAAUAUAUUUAAUUUUUGCUUGUGGCACUGUCUAGUCUAUCUAAAAAUGACUGUGUAGCCUUGAUGGAGUGCUUUCUGAUGUUUCUAGCGUCUGUAAAUUCUGAAGGGAGAGUCAUGGAGUCUAGUUUGAGGAUUGACUGAAGAAGGAGUUCCUGUAAGACGAGUUUGGACUGUUCCGUAGGUGUGACUUCAUAUUCCUUGAGCUGUGGUUCUAGUGGAAGUACUUGAGUGUUGAGAAUGCUCUCUAUAUCUGCAAUGAAUUGCUGCUGGGUGUCGAUGUUGAGCUUCUGAGUGACCAAGACCAUAAUAGUCGCAUUACUUGUAAUCUUCAAGUCAUCGAGCGUUCUAUUGAAAUCCCUUAUAACCAAUCCUUUAUAGAUCAGCUUCAGUUGAUUUUCACGAAGCGUCAAUCUGCUGGCGAGCUGUGCGACUAAACUAGACAGGCGUUCUGUAGAGCUGCUAUAGUUAAUAGAGAUAAUGCUACCUUUGAAACUAAAAUUAAUUUUUUUGUUAUUAAACAUUCUGUAGCUGAGUAAAC